AUGUUGAUAUAAUUCCCACACAAGCGCUUCGCCAUCCCAGGAUUGACGAAGGAAUAGCACAGCAACUCAAGUGCUGGUAGGGUUCCAUUGAAGCCAACGAGGUGAGUGCAUGAAUACCCAUGAUGCGUUGCCGUAUAGCUGUACACUUUCUACUAUUUCAUGCUUUCGUUGGCAUUGAAUGAGAGUGGGUGCAGCUGCGACGGCCCAUAUGUAGGCCGCUGGCCGCUGGUAGAUGCAGGUGUUGGACCAGACGUCACGCCGGGAGUCGUCAUCUUUCUGCUUGUCAGACCCUUAGUGCUCCACGUCUGCACACUACAAGGCGUCCUCAAGUGCGCUCAACGACCUACCCUCCCUCUUCCAACCGUCAUCAGCAUCCUCUACUCACCUGCUCCUAACGUGUAAACGUCUGUUAGUUCACACAUAACUUAUAUCAUAGCAUACGGAGCAUCCCAGUCCUAUGAAUAAAAGUCCCAUGAAUCUGGAAUAUACGCGUCCGAACCUACUCUCCCCGGAAGACUGGCUUGCGCUUCUCCCGGAACGCGUCAAGCGCCUCAACUCGAUCGCGCGAGUGUAAAAGCGGCUCGUAGCUUGCCCAUUCGAAAUCCAGCCCUGCGCGUCGCGGGAGACUU